AUGCCUCCCAAACGCAAGGCGGCCGAUACCGGUCGGUCUAGCAGUGCUUCCAAGCGUGCCACACCAGUUCCCGAUAUUACAGAGAUCUCCAGCAGCGAUGAAUACUCAGACCCGGAAGAUUUGCCAGACGAGUCAAAUUUGAAAGAGGUCGUCAACAAGUUCUCUCUCGAAUCAUUCAGCAAAAAGAACCAAAUCGAGAAGACGGACCCCAGAUUUGGUUACAAAGAUCUUUCUUCGCUGCCGCUGAAGCGCGACCACUACAACCGACCGUUAUGGAUCGAACCUUUGAAAGGCACAAUCACCCUCGAGAGCUUUUCUCCGUUGGCGCCGCAGGCCCAGGAUUUUCUGACCACCAUCGCGGAGCCGCUCUCCCGUCCGACCCAUCUCCACGAAUAUCGCUUGACCGGACACAGUUUAUAUGCAGCGGUCUCGGUCGGUCUCAAACCACAGGACAUCGUUGAGUUCUUGGAUCGUCUAUCGAAAACACCAUUACCCGAGAGCAUUCGGACGUUCAUCAUCGAGUUCACCAAGUCUUAUGGCAAAAUCAAGAUGGUGCUGAGGCACAACCGAUACUAUGUGGAAACGACGGAUCCUGAAAUGCUUCAGCGGUUGCUCAAGGAUGAAGUGAUUGGCCCCCAGAGGAUGGACAAUACCGAAGGCAUCAUCGAGCGGGCUGCUCCGAAAAUGGGUGGCCUUGUCAUUCCCGGAACGAAAGAUGCAGCUGGCGUACGAGAGACGACCCAACAGGAGGCCACUGCUGCUACUGCUAGGGACGAGACCGAAGAUGGAGGGGCCGUGAACUAUGGAAUCGAUGAUAUUGGCGAGGAUGAGUCCGAAGAGGCAAUCACGUACAGUUUCGAAAUCCCUGCCGCUGGUGUCGAAGUGGUCAAGGCCCGCUGUCAAUCCAUCGGAUGUCCCGCCCUGGAGGAGUAUGAUUUCCAGGGAGAUACAGUCAACCCAAACUUGGAUAUGGACUUGAAACCUGCAGCGCGGAUUCGGUCCUAUCAGGAGAAGAGUUUAAGUAAAAUGUUCGGUAACGGACGCGCCAAGAGUGGUAUCAUUGUGCUUCCCUGUGGUGCUGGCAAAACCCUUGUGGGUAUCACUGCUGCUGCCACCAUCAAGAAGGGUACUAUUGUACUCUGCACCAGUUCGAUGUCCGUCGUUCAGUGGCGAAAUGAGUUCUUGCGGUGGACAACGAUCGACCCAGGUGACAUCGCCAUUUUCACAUCUGACCACAAAGAAAAGUUCAAGCGAUCAACUGGUAUCAUCGUUUCUACGUAUUCAAUGGUGUCACAAACUCGUGCUCGCUCUUAUGAUGCCCAGAAGAUGAUGGACUGGCUACAAUCAAGAGAAUGGGGUAUGAUGAUUCUUGACGAGGUGCACGUCGUACCAGCGUCGAUGUUCCGAAAGGUCACAUCUGCAAUCGCCGCCCAAAGUAAACUCGGUCUCACCGCAACAUUGCUACGUGAGGAUGACAAGAUCAAAGAUUUGAACUUCUUGAUCGGACCGAAGCUUUACGAAGCAAAUUGGAUGGAACUUGCGGCUCAGGGCCAUAUCGCCAAGGUGCAGUGUGCUGAGGUGUGGUGCCCGAUGACGACCGAGUUCUACUCGGAAUAUCUCCGGGAAAGCUCCAGGAAACAAGCUUUGCUUUAUAUCAUGAAUCCUCGCAAAUUCCAAGCGUGUCAGUUCCUGAUCGAUUUCCACGAGAAGCGUGGCGAUAAGAUCAUUGUGUUCUCUGAUAAUGUUUACGCCCUGGAGCGAUAUGCGCUCAAACUAAACAAGGCUUACAUUUUCGGCGGAACUCCGCAGAAUGAACGCAUGCGCAUUCUCGAGAAUUUCCAACACAAUGAGCAGGUCAAUACUAUCUUCCUGUCUAAAAUCGGUGACACCUCGCUCGAUUUGCCUGAGGCCACUUGCCUGAUUCAGAUCUCGUCUCACUACGGUUCGCGUCGUCAGGAGGCACAGCGCCUGGGACGCAUUCUGCGAGCCAAGCGUCGAAACGAUGAGGGCUUUAAUGCUUUCUUCUACUCACUCGUCUCCAAGGACACCAAUGAGAUGGUCUACUCGGCCAAGCGCCAGGCGUUUUUGAUCGAUCAGGGAUAUGCUUUCAAGGUCAUUACCCAUCUACAGGGCAUAGACAACUUUGAAGGACUAUCGUAUGCAACACCAGCAGAACGCCGCGAGCUUCUGCAAGAAGUCAUGCUGCAGAACGAGUCAUCCGCGGACGUCGAACAGGUCAAUGAUGAUCUGUUCUCGAUGCGCUCCGGCAAGCGAGUUGCACCCAAGAAAGGGGGUGCUAAACGCAGCGCUGCGACUCUCAGUGGUCUGGCUGGUGGUGACGACAUGGCCUAUAUCGAAUACAACAAGAGCAGGAACAAGCAGCUCAAGGACAAGGCCGGACACCACCCGCUGUUCAAGAAGAUGGAACGCGACCGGCAACGUCGCAAGAAGGAAAGGGAGACUGGUGCGUAA